AUGGCUGACAGCAUCGCUCCAGCUGUUGACAAAGUUGGCGCGCCUGAGCCUACAGCCCCCGAGGCCCUCGCUGGAGCUCCGACUUUGGACACAGCCAAGCCAGAAGUCUCUGAGAAUCCCCUAGCUCAAGCUGAACCCUCCAAAGAGCUUCCGAUCAUUGGUGAAACAAAAGCAGUUGAAGACGCGAAGUCGUCGACGGAGCCCUUCAACGUCAUUGAAGCUUUUAAGAAGGCCCAUCAGAUUCCACGACCCGUCGAGGUCCAAUCUGUCCCUGAGACACCCGCCAACCAAUCGGUGAAUGGAUCGCCAAAACCAGAGUUAAAUAUCUCCAUGGAGACAGAAGAGUCUCCAAAGCCACAAGAAGAACCCGUGGUCAUCACUGGCGUUGAAGAGCCGCUGCCAACUCCUGCAGCCUCUGUUCCCAACAGCGACAAUGGCCCUGAUUCCAUUGUCGAUAAGCCUGUGACUCCAAAUGGCGAGUCAAAGCCGGCCGAGAUGGCAGGCGCUCUCCAAAGCGGCAACGACGAUGACAAGUCUGACGUAUCGGAGAUUGUCAUCGGAGAGAAGCGCAAACUGGCCGAAGGCCCGGCUGAUGUUUCUGCUACUGCUCCCGAGAAAGAAGACUCCGACGAGAGCGAGCGGGCAGAUAAAAAGGCCAAGAUUGACGAUGGCGAGGCAAGCUCCAACGGUGGAGCUCCGAGGAAGCCGGGCCGCCCUAAGAAGAACGGCAGCAAGGAAAAGAAGGCAGCUCCUCCUCCGGCAUUGGGGAAGACGGCGCGCAAGACCCGGAGUCAGGGGCCAGUGGAGGCCUGA